AAGAGGUUCUCAAUGUCACUCCGGUGAAGUCAACUGAACUUUACGAUGUGACUUAAAUACAUGUAUUUUCGUCUCUACUAUGAGAGGUGGUGCAGACAUUGCUUUUUAAGAUAACGAAAUAGUUUGUCGGUGUCAAAAUGGCAAACAUCUCCCAGCCUACGGAAAAGUCCAUUGAUUUGAAGCAAACAGAUUUUUUACGAGAGGCAAUAAAUUGUGCUUCUAAAGAAAAUGAAAAGCCCCAAGAAGUAAGCAAAUUAAAGAGCUUAGUAGGAGAAGAUAUGAAGUCUCUGGAAAUGAAAGCUUCUGAUGACAAGACCGCGGAAAGUCCCACCGGGCAGCCUAAUUUCUUCAACGUCGCAGAGCGCGUGCCUUUCGCGGCACCCGUAGACGGUGAGGUCGAUUGCUUGCAGUUCUUCGCAGCAGGGGACGACUACACGAAUUUCUUUCUCAACUUCAGUUUCCUGUUCAAAGUGGUCAUUAACGAAGCGCGCCUUCACCUCAGUCACAUGCGCAAGGCGUAUGCCAGAGACGAAGGCAAGAGCCAGACUCUGCGCUCUCUGCUGCUGAGCGCCCAGCGACGCGGCGACGCUGAGCCUGGCAUUGUGCUCCUGUGGUUCAGGAGGUCAGGGUGGCACAGGGCGUUGAUGCUGAAGACGGUGCCGCACCACGCUGACGUGGUCAAGGUCUUGUGCUUCGGCGCCGCCGCGCCUGACGAGCUCGCGCUGUUCACGGCAGGCGCGGCGCACACGCGUCAUCUGCCCGCCGUCAUCGCAGCCAUCGACGACGCCCUACGUCAGACCGGCGUCGACAUGAACCAGAAGGCGCCCUGA